AUGUUUUGCACAAUUACAAUUUUAGAAGUAAGAUGGAUAACCUGGGUACAGAAGUCUCUAAUAAGAUUAGAUCAGCUAUCAAAGCUAAACUAAUAGAGCUUGAUGCGUAUGUUGAUGAUGAACUCCCUGAUUAUAUCAUGGUUAUGGUGGCCAACGAUAGAACAAAGGUCCAGAUGGAAGAGGAUCUAGGACUCUUCUUGAACGAGAACACAAUCGCAUUCACAACCUGGCUCCACAAUGUUCUAGACAAACUGAGGAAAGUGACACUUGACGAGGUUGCCAAAAAGGAUACAUCAGGAAGGAAAAAGAAAAAGAAGAAAGAGCCUAAGAAGAAGGAGAAGGAUAAAGAGAAGAAGAAGAAGAUUAAAGUGUCCAAGGAGAAGGAUAAGAAGAUAAAGAAGGUUGUAGGAAAGGAGGAUAAAAAUGCAAACACUGUCGAACUAGGAGCAAAGAAAUCUAAGCCAGAGAGUUCGGAGGGUGGUGUGGAGAAGGAAGAAUAUGAUGCUGAAGCUAUUCUUAAGAAAGCUGUAAAAUCCUCCGUCAAAUCACUCAAGGUAAACCCUGUAAAGAGUGGAACACCUACUAAGAAGGUGAAGAGGAAGAAGAUUACGAGCUUGAAGGAAGAUCAGGAAUUGUUUAAACCAAAUAAAACUAAGGGAGACUCAAAGACCAGAGCCCGUAGCCGGAGCUAUAGUAUUGAAAGACGAGGAGUAGCAAGUCUGGUACAAGUUGUGAGGAAAAGAAGAUCAAGGUCCAGAUCUCCUAGUUAUGAGGAAUACAGGAAUAAAAGAUCUGUUGCCUCAAAAGCUAUUUUACCUCCCCGGCCCUCCAGACCGACCGGGAGGGAUGACAAAGGAGUUGCUAGAGUUCUUUCAAGGAGUAUGAUUGACGCUGACCGUAGUAUCCUGAAAUCAAGACGACACGUCUCUCCACCUGCAGCGUACAGGAAAGUCCGGUCCCCUAUCUCCAGUAGAUCUCCAGUGUUAAAGAGGCGAAGUCGUGAAGACGAUCGACGUGAUGUAAGCGCACGACGUAGUCCGGAUGAUAGAUCACGAAGAUUCCCUCGUUUAAGUCCUGAGGAUAUUGAACGGUUCCAGAUGAUAAAGGAACAGUACAAGAAGGGAGAAGGACAUAGGUUAAAGGAGAAUUUAGAUAAAAGAAAGAAAGACAAAACCAAGGACGAGACUCGAAGGUUGAAGAGAGAGGUUGACCUGCUCAGCUCAAGACAGCUGGCUAUGGAUCGUGAACUGGAGAAGCUAGGACGGGCCAGCAGUCUAGACAGGGAAUUGAAGAGAAAGAAGGAAGACAAGAAAAGAAAAUCUAAGAUUGAAACUGUUGAAUUGGAAGAAGAGGAUGAUGAUGAAAUUAGAAUUAUAGUAAGACGUGAUGAUGAGGAGGUAGAUGAGGAGAAGGAGGAGGAAGAGGAUGAGGUGGUGGAGCGUGUGGUUGUUCAGGUGGAAGAAGCUGACGAGGUUUCUCCUCCGAAGAAAGCUAGGAAGUCGGUUGAAGAAGAAAAAGAGGUUCGGAAGCUAGAGUUAGAAGACGCUGAGCUGCUGGAGAUGAGGAAGAAGGCCCUGGAGAGCUUGAUGAGGAAGAGGGCGGAAGAGAGGAAUGUUGAAGAAAUGAGAGAUAGGAGGGGAAAGGAGGAGGUUGACAGGAGAACGAGGCAGGAGGUUGAGUUGAGAGCCAGGGACGAGGUUGGACGGCGUGGUAGGGAGGAGGGAAGGAAGAUAAUUAUUCCUCUUAAUGAUGAAUCUACCAGUAACAGUGAUAGUUCAUCUAGUGAUACAGAUUCAGAGGUGAGUUUAUCUGAAGAAGAAGGAGAACCGACCUUUAUUGUUACUAUGGACGGUAUAGACGAGCAGUACUUUAAGUAUAAACAAAAAAAGGCGGAACAGGGUGGUAAGGAAAAAAAGACGAUCCUGGGUGAACCUGUUGUAUCCCGACACUCUCCUGAUGAUGAACUACAGCUGCAUCCUGAAGAACAAUUUGAUUCCCCUGGACAAAGUCCUGGUGGGCUGAAGCAAAAUAUUAAACCUGGCAGUCAGACUUCAUCUGUGAAAAUGAUUCCUGGAAUUGAGAGACCUAAAUCCAAGCCACUGAAGCAAGCUAAACCAAAGACAGAAUCCAAGCCAGUUGGUCCUGUUACAGGGAGCAUUAGAGAAUCCAAACCUGAAUCUAAACCUGAACCGAAACCUAAAUCAGCAUCUGUUAUAAAAGAGGCGCCUAAGGUCGUUGCCCCCCAACCGUCCGCCGUAAAACCUGUUCAAGCAUCUCCUAUUGGUUCGGCUCGGCAACAAACUAAAAUCUCAAAACAAGUCAUUAAACCUUCAGUUCCAACUGCAGUUACCACUAAACCGACACUGUUAACAAAACCGGUUUCCCUGGAGGGAUCUACUACCAGCAAACCAGUAUCUGGACCAGCCACCAAACCCUCAACUCCAGCGUCUGCCACUGUCAAACCGGUUUACAAGAAAGUUUUGGCGGUUAAACCUUCAGUUGCCAACCCUGUGAAAACUGCUAUCACUAUUAAUGCCAAGGAUGCCGGAGCUAAACCUAAGCGAACUCCCAUCACUGCGCCACCGGCGGAAUUUCCAGCUAAGAAAAUUAUUUCCCUGAAACCAGUUUUCAAACCAGUUUCCUUCGUGAAUCCAUACACUUCAUCGCAGGGUAAGAGUGGUGAACUGUGCAUCUACUAUCCGAAGUGUAUUCGAGGAAACCAGUGUUUCUAUAGGCAUCCUUCCCCAGCUGAGGCUAUUUUACUGAAACCCUCCGCACCCCAGCAGUUCAGAUGGUCCGCCAGAUAAAUUGAGGGGGUCUUAAAACAGCUUUUUGAUUCCAGUUUUUUAACCAAACCUUUUGUUUUCUUUUAUAUUGUUUUUUUGUUUGUUUCAAAAAGCUGAUUAUUUAUUGGCCUGGCUUGAUUGAUCAGAAAUUGGCUUUUAAUUGUCUUAUUGUCGACUGGGCACCAUGAGAAAUGAAACCUACGGACACACCGAGGAAUCCGGACCCUUAGUUUCAGUGUUUGGGAGAAACAGGACUCAUUAAAUGCUUUGAAGAAAGUAAAAGUGGAGAGAUGAGGGAGGGGUGGCAAGUCUUCACUUGCCAUUUCUCUCCAAAGUUAGCAUUUUGAUGCAUUUAUUGAUGCGCACUUGUUUGUAUUUAGGUAAUCUCUAUCUUUUCCACUUUCUUCAAAGCAUUUAUUUACUAAAAGUGAACCCCGAGGAUUGAAGAGGAUCUGAAAAUUUAGAAUGAUUUCACUGUUGUUCAAAAAAUAAAAGUUUUAUGUAAUCCACAAACUUUUCAUUGUUCGAAAUCAUUGGAAAUCCACGCUGGACCUUCAAGGCGGGACACGAUGGCUUAACCCUCACCGUCACGAUACCUUGGUAUCCCUGGACACUCUACACGCCAGUGCCACACACUACACGCUAGCUUGGCACGCAGAAGAGCAAAAUCAAGAUGCUCAAUAUGUUGCAAAGAAAUGUAAUUUUAUAAAAUUGUGAAAAUUCUAUAAUUAAUUGAGUAAUCAUUAUGCAAUUAUUGAUUUCAAUAUUUCUCUGUAAAUCAUCAAAAUGAAGAAAUCAUUUCUCCCUAAUUUGUAAAAUAUUGAAUUAUUUCAGA